AUGCUGGACAAUAAGAGUGAGAUACCUUUAUGUGAACAUCUAUACGGGUGCAAUGAGGACAUGGACACAUGGGAAUGUUUAAUGAAUGGUAGACCAGUGGGAUGUCAUCAAUGCCUGUAUAGACAUAGUUUAAAUGAUUUCAGAGCUUCUAGACACACCCAAAAUAAGGGAACUAUAGUCCACAAUUCUGGGCAAGUGAUAAUAAGAUCGAAAAGUAAAGUGGAGCUGGGAAUAGAAAUAGCUGCAGUUGUUAUGUGCCUAAUUUCUAUUGUUGCUGCCAUCAUUUUCUUCAUCAAAUAG